AUGCCAGUUACUAUCAGCAGACGUAACGGUAGUAGUAAAUUAAACAUGAUGAGGUUACAAACAAUUGAAAACAAGGAAUAUUUACCGCCUUCCAAUGAAGUCCUUAGUGAAGUCAAGUAUCCAAAGUGGGCUCCAACCUGGGAAAAAGACCAAGAUCACCAGUUUGAUCAUAUAGGAGUGUUUAAACACGUGGAUAGAGGCUUCUUUGGCGAUUUCAGAUUCAAAUCUUUGAAAAAUUCCGAUGUUAAGUUCAAGCAUGUUUCUCCCAAAUUGGGCUUGGAAGUCGACGGUAUCCAGUUAAGCAAUUUGAAUAAUCAGCAAAAGGAUGAUCUAGCCUUAUUGGUUGAGACAUAUGGUGUUGUUGCCUUCAGAAAUCAAGAUUUCAAGGACCAAGGGUUUGAAGAAAUUAAAGACUGGGGGAGAUAUUUUGGGCCUUUACAUAUCCAUCCAACUAGAGGUGCCCCAAAAAACCAACCAGAAUUUCAUUUGGUCUUUGCUAAGGGUGGACUAGAAGUCAACAAGGAUCUUUUUAAAGAUAGAUUACACAAAGUGUCGUGGCAUUCAGACGUCUCCUAUGAAACACAAACACCUGGUAUUACCGCUUUCACAAUGUUACAAACAGGCCCUUCUGGAGGCGACACUCAGUUUUUGGAUAUGUUUGAAGUCUAUGAUAGGCUAUCUCCGUUGAUGAAAUCGAGAAUCAAGGAUCUCAAGGCUUUACAUAGCUCCAAGGCUCAAGCCGAAGAAGCAAGUAAAUCUGGUAGUAUCGAAAGGAAGAAUCCUAUUGAAUCCAUACAUCCCAUUGUAAGGUAUCACCCAGUUUUAAAAAGAAAGUGCCUAUUUGUCAAUAGAGGCUUUACUAGAAGAAUAUUGGGUCUCAAAACGGAAGAAAGUAAUAAAUUACUGGCGUUUUUGCUUAAACAUAUCGAAUCAUGUCUAGAUGCACACAUCAGAUUGUCAUGGGAUGAAAAUACCGUUGUUGUAUGGGAUAAUCGUAGAGUACAACAUACCGCAACACACGACUGGCCAGACACAAACUGCAUUAGACAUGCAUUUAGAGUAACCACUAUUGCCGAAAGACCGAUAGGUAGUCAAGAAGAGUAUGAAAAGUGGUCUCCUCAUUUAGAGAAAGAAAGCAUUAAGCAUACUGAGUAUAUUGCUAAUUUGAGUCCAGAGGAGUAUUUUGAACAGUUUAUUCAAAGUUAG